GCAGGGAUGGGUGGAAUUAUAUAUUCUGAAUGAGAAAAGCUCACGCUCAGCUCCUAUUUCUCCCUCAGACCAGGGUCCACCUGGCCAUGAGACAGCUUUCCAGUCCUAACAAGACUAUUGUUCUUUGGGGACACUUGGGUUCCCUCCUGUGAACACCUAACAUUGGCCUUUCCCUCAGAAGCAGUGAGACCAGCUCAGCAGGGCGAUGGUGGCUGCCUAGGAGACACUUAAAGCCUCUUCCCAUUCUUCCCUUUACAAUUGAUGACUGACCACGUCCCUGCCAGAUUAGCGCCAGGCUUCCCUCCUUGUGUGGCAUCAUUGCCAAUAUCAUUUAUCCUAGAAAGCAAUAUGGAGGCCAAGAAGUGAGUCACUUGGCUUUCAUGACCAGGGUUAAAUCCUGUGACCAGUAACUCUAUUAGGACAUGUAUGUUUUGAUGUCCUUUUUAAAAAUCAAUGAAUAGUUUGUGAUUCCUUAAGGAGAGAUGACCAGAAGUCAGGCUAACAUACCCUGUGGAGCUGAAAUGCUCGACCUGCAUGACCCAAAGGAACACUAGGUGAGCAGUAUCCACCACGCACCCGCCUUCCAGAGCUCAUCUCACCUAACUCAGGGAACGGGCCAGCACCUUUGGCAAGUCCACUCACCUUUCCUACUUCUGUAACCCCAGCACCUGAAAUGAUAUCUAGUACAGAGUGAGCACUCAAUAAAUGUUCAGUGAAUAAAUGAACCUGAAAUACUAUGGGCAUAAUAAUUCAGUCAUAUGAAGUCAUAACUUAGAAAAGAUGCUUCCUCUUGACAGCCAAGAACAUUUUAGAGUCCAAAGGAGCAAAUCAAACAUGAAUCCUACUCCGUUGUCUCCCCUGCGCCCUGGGGUGAGCAGAGGUGGGUCUAGGGGACUGGGAUGUGCCCCAUCCUCCCCUAGGUUUUUGCGAGCAGAACUGCAGAGCGGGGAGGGCCAGCUUGCAGACCUGACAUCCUACUCUGUCCUUAUACAGAUGAUGAAACCAGAUUCCAGAAAGGGAGGCUGACCUGCUGCAGGUCACACAUGCAGGUCACCUGGCUUCCAGGCCAGCUAGAGACUUUUCCAAAAAGCUGAGUGGUCCAGAUGGAAAGGGAGAUAGGAUGAGAUGAGUGGAACUAACCAGACAGCUGUGACAGAAUACGUCCUGCUGGGGCUACACGGGCACCGUAAGCUAGAGGCGGUCCUGUUUGUGCUGUGCCUGGGCAUCUACUUGGUGAACGUGCUGGGCAACUCCCUUCUCAUAGGGCUGAACAUACUGGCCCCCCGCCUGCACAGCCCCAUGUACUUCUUUCUCAGCAACCUCUCCCUCAUGGACAUCUGUGGCACCUCCUCCUUCGUUCCUCUCAUGCUAGUCAACUUCCUGAAAGCCCGAAGGACCAUCUCCUUCCCCGGCUGUGCCCUGCAGAUGUACCUGACCCUAGCGCUAGGCUCCACAGAGUGCCUGCUCCUGGCUGUGAUGGCGUAUGACCGUUACGUAGCUAUCUGCCAGCCACUUAGGUACCCAGAGCUCAUGAGUGGGCAGACAUGCAUGCAGAUGGCAGUGCUGAGCUGGGAGACAGGCUUUGCCAACUCACUGCUGCAGUCCGUCCUUGCCUGGCGCCUCCCCUUCUGCAGCCACAGUGUCAUCGACCACUUCUUCUGUGAGAUCCUGGCAGUGCUAAAACUGGCCUGUGGGGACAUCUCCCUCAAUGCACUGACAAUAAUGGUGGCCACAGUUGUCCUGACGCUGGCCCCACUCCUGCUCAUCUGCCUAUCCUACAUUUUCAUCCUGGCUGCCAUCCUCAGGGUACCCUCUGCCGCAGGCCAGCGCAAAGCCUUCUCCACCUGCUCGGCCCACCUCACGGUGGUGGUGAUUUUCUAUGGGACCAUCUCCUUCAUGUACUUCAAGCCCAAGGCCAAGGACCCCAGGUUGGAUAAGAUUAUCGCAUUGUUCUAUGGGGUUGUGACACCCUCACUGAACCCCAUCAUCUACAGCCUAAGGAACGCAGAGGUAAAAGCUGCUGCCCUAGCUCUGCUGGGGGGCCGCCUGCUCUGCAGGAAAGCGCCCCACUGUCACUGCUGCUCUCCGUCUCUGUUAGUCAGCACGGGCUAGGUUACGCGGUGUCGUGACCUCAGAUCUUCAGUGGCUUAAAGCCAUCAAGGUUUGUUUCUCGCUCAUGCUGCAGGGCCACACAAGGCUGGUUAGGGUUCUGCUCUGAUCUGGGCUCUUCAUCCCUCUGGAACUCAGGAGGACAAAGCAGCUACCAUCUGGAACACUGCUGGUCACCAUGACAGAAGGAAAAGGAGAGUAACAAAGCCUGCAUGACUCUUAAAUCUUCCACUCAGAGGUGCCACGUGUUACUUCCACUUACAUGUCAUGGGCUGACACAAUGGCAACAGCAAGGCACAUGACCACCUCUGACAUCAAAGGGGAGGACAAGCACAGCUACUGUGUGUCUCGAAUGAGGGAGAGAGAGGACGAAGAGCUCGGUGAACAGCCUAAUGACCACCACACCAUCCUCCAGAGUUGACCCAAGAGCUACUAGAGAUUUCGCUUCCUUUUCCCCGACCGUACAUCCUUCGUGGACCAUCCUACACCCUUCAUGUGGGCUGCUGCCAGGUUCAUUGUCCCAAGCAAGCUUGGGUUAGCUCACCUGUGGUGGCUUUGUAGUACUGGGUCAACCAAACUAGGUUGAAGUGUGUGCUUCCCAGAAUUCUCUUCCCAGUAUGGGUCUGUGUUAGGGCUGACCAGAGAGAUGCGUGCAUGAGAUGUGGAAGGCAAGAGUGAAACAGCACCACACACUGCGGGAGUGCUUGCAUGCUGCUGCUAAGUUGCUGGCUCACCUUCCAAGUGCAGCCCGUCCAGUCCUCACCAGAUCACCUCCUUCAACUGUCUGAGUCCUGGGUCAAGUGCAGCUUCAUGACAAAAGGUGCCAGCUUCUCCUGCAGGUCGCCGGUUUUACUGAGAUUGAAGGCGGGAGACCCAGACCAGGUUCUAGUCUGUCCUCCUGGGCUCUAGUUUGCCCUUACUCCCCUGCCUGCACAUCCAGCCUUCCUUCCGGACUGCCAGCCCCGCUGACCUGCGGCAGCUCAGGCCCAAGCCCAAGUGCAGAGGUAGCAGCUUUGCACAGACUUCUCCAACUGCUACCAUGACAGCAUAGGCCUAAUGUCAAUAAUAAACUCCUUAAAUCACUCACAGUGGUUCUGCUACUUUGGUCAAACCCCAUUGAUUCAUCACUCACUUGAUCAAGAACCUUUGAUGGCCCCCAUUACCAAAGCAUUAAGUUCACAUUCUUCAGCUGAGUCGUCAAGGCCCUCCGGAGAAUCUGGCCCCACCUGCUUCUUCAGCCUGAAUUUCCUCUACGCCCUUCACACCGGCCAUCCCCUAUGUCAUCCACACCUCCCCCACCUCCA